AGCAGCAGGAAGCACUCUGGCUUGUUGAUGCCUGUCUUGUGCUUUCUCUCUGUUUCAGCUGUUUUCCUUUUAAGAUACUCCUCAGAUUUGUGCGCUUCUUCCCUUCCCACAUUUUAUACUGCCCAGCGCCUGGGAUUCCAGACCUGCGUUUGAAUCCAGGAGAGGGAGGUGGACACCUGCCUAGGCGUGUGCCCUCCGGCCUCUGAAGCAUGGCCAGCAGCGGCAUGGCUGACAACGCCAACCACCUGCCCUUCUUUUUCGGCAACAUCACCCGGGAGGAGGCAGAAGAUUACCUGGUCCAGGGGGGCAUGAGCGAUGGGCUCUAUUUGCUGCGCCAGAGCCGCAACUACCUGGGCGGCUUUGCCCUGUCCGUGGCGCACGGGAGGAAGGCACACCACUACACCAUCGAGCGAGAGCUGAACGGCACCUACGCCAUCGCCGGCGGAAGGACCCACGCCAGCCCCGCUGACCUCUGCCACUACCACUCCCAGGAGUCUGAUGGCCUGGUCUGCCUCCUCAAGAAGCCCUUCAACCGGCCCCAAGGGGUGCAGCCCAAGACUGGGCCCUUUGAGGACUUGAAGGAAAACCUCAUCAGGGAAUAUGUGAAGCAGACAUGGAACCUGCAGGGUCAGGCUCUGGAGCAGGCCAUCAUCAGUCAGAAGCCUCAGCUGGAGAAGCUGAUCGCCACCACAGCCCAUGAAAAAAUGCCUUGGUUCCACGGAAAAAUCUCUCGGGAAGAGUCUGAGCAAAUUGUCCUGAUAGGAUCAAAGACAAACGGAAAGUUCCUGAUCCGAGCCAGAGACAACAACGGCUCCUACGCCCUGUGCCUGCUGCAUGAAGGGAAGGUGCUGCACUAUCGCAUUGAUAAAGACAAGACAGGGAAGCUCUCCAUCCCCGAGGGAAAGAAGUUCGACACGCUCUGGCAGCUAGUCGAGCAUUAUUCUUAUAAAGCAGAUGGUUUGUUAAGAGUUCUUACUGUCCCGUGUCAAAAAAUCGGCACACAGGGAAAUGUUAAUUUUGGAGGUCGUCCACAACUUCCAGGUUCCCAUCCUGCGACUUGGUCAGCGGGUGGAAUAAUCUCAAGAAUCAAAUCAUACUCCUUCCCAAAGCCUGGCCACAGAAAGCCCUCCCCUGCCCAAGGGAACCGGCCAGAGAGUGCCGUGUCAUUCAAUCCGUAUGAGCCAGAAGUUGCACCCUGGGCUGCAGAAAAAGGCCCCCAGAGAGAAGCCCUACCCAUGGACACAGAGGUGUAUGAGAGCCCCUAUGCGGACCCUGAGGAGAUCAGGCCCAAGGAGGUUUACCUGGACCGAAAGCUGCUGACGCUGGAAGACAAAGAGCUGGGCUCUGGUAAUUUUGGAACUGUGAAAAAGGGCUACUACCAAAUGAAAAAGUAAGUCACAGCGCUCCACCGGCCUCACCCGCACGCGAGCUCAGGUUCUAGACACGGCUGAGAAUAACACAAUGUAACCUGGCUCAACCCUUUUUUUAUUAAUGCUAUCUUUCUUGUCAAUUUCUGGUACUAUUAUAAUGAAAGCCUUUAAUGGCAAAAGCUGCUACUUUUGCACCGACCUAAAAGAAUAUGCACCUUAUGGAAAAUUAAGAAAUAGAAACAAGCAGAAACAUAAGAAAAUAAAAGCAUCAAUCUCUGGUGUGGUGGCUCACGCCUGUAAUCUUAGCAAUUUGGGAGGCUGGGGUAGGA